AUGCUCCGGCUCAGUACACAAUGCAGAUCAAUAGUUCUAAGGGGUUCCGAAUCGAUUUUGCUCUCCGCCAGAAUCUCAUCUGCGAUUCAUCACAGUUUUGUGCCAUUCGCACAACCCGCAAGAUGUCCGGACUUUCGAUUCAUGCACACUUCGAGACAUGCGCUUAGUGAUGAUGAGAAGAAGAAAAAUAAAUGGUACCAUAUAACAAUGUCAGAAGAAAAGAAAAAGGAGAAAGAAAAGAAAAUUGAGGAAAUGAAAAAGGAAGAAGCUCCAAAAACAUUAUUCGCAAAAGUAAAGUAUUAUUUAAAACGUUACUGGUAUAUCGCUGUUCCUGCUCAUAUGGUCUCAUGCUCAGCUUGGUUUGCAUUAUUCUAUCUGCUCGUAAAAAGUGGUGUUGACGUGGUAGCUCUUCUCGAAACACUACAUUCACCAAGUUGGAUCGUCGAGAAAAUCAAAAGCACCGAUCAAUCGGCAGGAGUUAUUGUAAUUGCCCUUCUCCUGUACAAGAUUGCACUGCCGAUUCGUUAUGCUACCACUCUCGCCCUUAUCCAGGCCUCAUUCUGGACGUUGAGAAGGCUUGGAAAAUUGAAAACCGCAAGAGAAGUCGAAUAUAAAGUCAGAACCGAAUAUGAGAAGAAUAAGAGGUUGUAUGGAAGGAGGAUAUACCGAUAUCGCCAUUUGGGAGUUCGAAGUGUGGCGCGAAAGAAUAGCACUCAUGCCAAUAGCUCGUCGCAACUUCAAAGAAUCCAGAAGGAUCACGAAACAAUGAAAAAAAAUUGA